CGAGAGAAAUUUGUACGAAAGUAAAUACCGGAAGUGAAACCCUUGAAACGUAAAGCGGGAAGCAUUUCUGUCGACUUUGGACUUCGUCGAGAGAGAAAUAUCUUUAGGAAGAUUUUAUUUUUUUUUUUAGUCAUUCAAAGUUGAAGGGAAAAUGUCUGAAAUGAAACCACAACAUCAUGUGUUUUUACAAUAUUUCAUGUCAAAAGGGCUUGUUGACUCAAAAGGAGUUCGUAACCUCUUCAAGUUAUGUUGUAAAGAUAUGGUUGACGCAAGUUCCGUGACGAGCCAGAGUGAAUGGAUGCAGCAACUGGCCAACUUUGUAAUCAUCAUCAACAACAACAUUCGACCUUUUCACCUGAACAUCCUGAAAGGCUUUGAUGAGGAUGAUGGCACCAGCUAUUACUGUCUGGUCAACACUUGUGACAAUGCAGUCACACGCCUCUCUACAGACUACUCGGUCAAUGAACUGGAACUUUUCAAGUUGUUUCUCGACCGUAUUAUGAGCUCAAACGAUGCAUCAGUUGGAUCUGUUCAGGCCCUGAACCUGACUCAUGAAUUGGAAAAAAAGAUGAGCAAAGACGAUGCUCAGCGUUUCUUUGAUCGGAUGGUGAAUGAAAAGUGGUUGAAAAGGACAAUACGUGGCAAACUGCAGCUGUCAACACGAAGCAUCCUUGAGUUGGACAAUCAUAUUCGAAAAAUGUACCCAGAUUUGGUGGAACUGUGCAACAUCUGCAACCGUUUAUGUCUGCAGGGUCAGUCGUGUCCAAAGUGCAUGGCAAAGUUGCAUAUCUUCUGUGCAAAGCGUUACUUUGAAAACCAGGCAGAACCAAAAUGUCCAAAAUGUUACACUCCUUGGACCAACACAAAUCAAAACCGAGAAUCUGUGCGUCGCUCCUCUCGCCGAAAUACACCUAUGUCAUAUGAACAAAUGGAAGAAUAAACUGUAAGAUGGGGAAGAAAAACAUGUUUGUAAAAUAUUGGUUCUCUUUCUGGCUUUCUUCUGCAGAAUUUGCAAACAGUUAUGGCUGAAUAUCAGUCCUGUACAUUAAUAUUAUUUUCUAUGUUUUUAUUUGUUAUAUUUUCUUCUCUGCUACUGUCCCCUUUUGUUCUGUUAAUCUUCCUAUUAAAUUUUUUUCAAGUCCCUUACUCUCAGGUGAUAUUGUACUAUGUCCAAUGUAAAUUACAUCCUGAUGUGUUCAACUGUUCUCUCAACCAUAAAAUUUGCUCCAUCACUCUUAA